CUCAUUUCUAGAGUAAGGACUUCUUACAGGAAGUGAUUCGUGCACGUGUGUUAGGAUACAUGGCUUCCCGAGCUACUUGGGAAUAUAGAGGGGAUUCGGAGCACGGGCACGAAGCGUUGCUUGUCCAGUUUUCCAAUGGAAGCAUCCAGUCUCCAGACAGUGUUAAUUACACCUUAUAUAGAAACAAAGAUAAGAAAAAUGAAAAUACAAAAAGACAGAAUAUUUUGGUUGCAGAAACAGAAAGACUGAAUUAUGUUGGAAAUAAUUUUUCCUCAGAUGCAGCAUGUAAUUCUCUCUGCAGGUACUUUGUUGGUGUUGUGAACAAAGAGACUAGGAAAAUGGAAGUAUAUGAUGCAGAGCAUUUUACUAUGCAUCCAUUACUGGAAGGCAGCACUAAUAACACAUUAUCAGCUGCAGAUGUGACUGAACAGACCAGCAGGACAUACAGGGAGAAGGUUGAUGCCCUGAUAGAAGCCUUUGGUACCAACAAGCAGAAACGUGCCUUGAAUUCUCGCAAAUUAAACCAAGUUGGCAGUGAACUUUUAAGCAAAGCUAUGGAAAAGGCUGCAGGAGAUAUCAUAGAAAGCAGAGGAGCGUCAGAGUUGAUGAAAGAUGCUGUAAGCAAUGAAGAACAAGAGUAUUCAUUGUUUCUGCCACCAUGUAAUGCUAAAGCAGACAAACUUGAGGAUGUCUACAAGCUUGAUAACGUUAUCUCACCUGUGGAAUAUAAGUUGCUUGAGACUGCCUCUGAAGCCUUUAGGAAUCUGACUACAGAGGAGCUCCAGGAUAUGACCGAGAACAAGAAGCAUGGACUGUUUGUUCUGCAAGAGCUUCAUGGACUUAAAGAGCAUAAGGAUGGAAACGUUCGUGACCACAAAGCCCGCUGCCUCUGGUACUUGGAUAAAUUAAUUCAACUAAGUCAGCUCAAGGCAAUCAAGAGAAAAGAUAUCUUAACUCCAGACUGCCCACCUGCAAUAUGCUCAAAACUAUUGCGAAAUUUCACUGUUGAGUCUUUUAAAAAUGGCAGAAUACAGAAUUCUGUUUCUGCAACAAUGAUGUCUAAAGUAGUGUCUUAUGUGAUAGCUUUGGCCUUGCAUGUCACCGACUUUGAAGUAGACCUGACAUUUUUACAGAGAGAUAUGAAGCUAAAAGAAGCACGGAUUCUUGAGAUCGCUAAAGCCAUGGGGUUGAAAAUCAACAAGAAAAUGGCUUUUGUGGGAGGUUUGUGUGAAGAAGGUCACAAAUUAGGAGUACUAACGAUUCCAUUGGUUGUGUAUAGGCCUUCAGGACGAGCCCUGAAACGAAGGAAAACAUAAAUAAACAUGGGAGUUUGAAGAUGAUUAGUGGAUAUUUAGAUGGACUUAUACAUUCUGGAAACAUCUAAAUGUUUUUUUACAAUGGCGCUACAUGAAAGCAAAUAAUAAAAACUAUAAAUGUA